UUAGCUGUGGUGAUUGCAUCCAGGACACGACUGGAAGGAAAACAAGGAAAAUAGGCUUGGAUAAAAGGAUUUAGUUGUUGACAUUGUUAGCAUUAAUCUUAUCUUGUUGUUUUAUUCUAUUGUAGUUUUUUUACUUUUGUUUUUUGCGUCUUUAUCCACAUUCCUUACCAGUAGAUGGCGGUAACGCACACUAAAAGUUGCUUGUCAAACGCCAGUAAAAACCAGGAAGAAGAAGAACAAGCCCUGAUUGGCUAAUUUUACCGAAACGCCCGUUUUAAAUUUGUGCGACGUUUAAAUCGCGGUAGUUGUCCCUGUGGGUGAACAGAGCGUUCGGAUAACGAGGAGGCAUAUACAAGAUUAUAUACAGCACUUAACUUCAAAGGUUCAAACCCCUUUGCGAUAAAUGGUCCGCCAAGAUGACACUUAAUGGCGGGGUUAAGGCUCUUCUCAGAUGGGUCAGCACUAUACACUCUUGUCACCGAGAUGUUAAUAUUGAAGCGUUACAAGAUGGGGAGUUGUUGCUUCAUGUUGUUUUCAAGCUGAAAAAGGAGCCAAACCCACCUUUAUUUACCACAAUUGAAGAGCGCUUUAAAGUAAUUGCAGAAUUUGUUGAACAGCAUUGCAGAUUUAGUCCAAGCAAAGGCACAUCAUUGUCCUGGGACAACAUAAGAAACGGCUCUAACCUCAGUGUAGAAAUUGCAAAGGUGCUUCUGUUGCUGGUUUACCAUGACAUGAUGAAUGAUCGGUGCACACUUGAUACCUUGGAGUGUGACGUGGAGAGGGAGAUUGCAAAGCUGACUGGUUCAUUUGUGAUGGAGAGUGAUGGCUGUGUUUAUCUCAACACUGGACUUGAUGCUUACCUCUCAAAGCGAUUUUUACCCGUGUCUCGUGAAGUAUUCGAGCACGCAGGAAGCACGUCCAUCUCCAGCACGUCGACCAUCUCGGACAAUGACUCUCCUGUGUUCCACCGCUCACAGAAAGUCACGUUUGUGGAUAUCCACACGGUGGCGUCGUCCUCUGCCAGCAAAUCUCCUCUUCAGGAUAUAAUGAACACCCCCAAAUUCCAGCUGAGGAAGCUGAAAAGACAGAUGUUCAAGGAGAGGGAUUACAUAGAUGGACUGGAGAAGGAGCUCACCAGCAAGAUUGCGCUCAUUGCACAGAAAGAAUCUCAUAUUAACCAGUUGCAGUAUCGUCUGGACAAGCUGAAAAACGAGCAGAACGAUCAAGAGCAGGUUGCCAGGAAGCAAGUCGAUGAACUUGAAACCAAGAAUAGCUUGUUACGAAUGCGACUCAAUGAGAUUAUAAAAGAAAACAAAGACUUCAAAAGUAACUCCUUGUUGAUGGAGCGUAAAGUGACUGAACUCGCAGAGGAGAAUGGCGUCCUGUCUUCCCAGAUGCGUGCAGCAUCUUCACAGCUGAGCAUCUGUGAAGCUGAAGUUGUCAGGUUGAUGGAAUCCAAAGCAUUAACAGAAGAGGAGUGGAGAACCAGAACGGAUUACCUUCAGUUGGAACUCAAACAAGCCACAGCUGAAAAGGAUCUCCUGAAUGAAGAAAUUCAGAUUCUGCAGGGAAAGAUUUCAUGUUUAGAGGAUGAAAUCGGAAAAGCCACAAAUGAAGUCGAAGGAGAAAACAUGGGGCCUAUAAUGGAGAGAGACCAACUGGAGUGUGACAUUCAUCGUCUGAAGAACGAGCUGGAGAGCACGUUUGGCCGCUUGAAGACAGCCGAGGCCAACGUGGAGGCAAAAACCCAGCAGCUGGCUGACUAUGAAGAAAAAAUUGCUCAACAGAAGUCCCAAAUGGAAGCAGUUGUUCGAUCUAAGGAUCAGAUUUUGGGGAACCUGCAAAAGGAAAUCGACGAGCAGAGAGAAGCCCUUCAGAAAGUCAGAAGUGAUCAUAAAGUUGAACUUGAGCAAAUGGAGCAGCACCAAGCCGAGCAAAUGAGCGAACUGCGGAUGCAUAUCGCUGCUUCUGAACAAGAAUUGGAGACUCUUAAAGAAACAAAGAGAGAAAAGGAAUAUCUUCUCAUCCAGCUUGAAAACAAACUGAAAAAUCUUGAAACGAAAUGUCAAGAUUUAACUUCCCGUUUGGCGGACAAGGACCAACAAAUUAACACUCUGAAGGAAGAAGUUGAGGUUUUUACAGUUGAAAGGCAGAAAAACCAAAAUGAAAUUGAAACCAAAGACCAACUGCUGGCCCAAUUGCGUUCAAAGUGUUCCGAUCAGCAAGACAUUUUCCAGAAUAAAAUCUGUACUUUAACAUUACAAGCCGAGAAUCUUACCGUGUCUGUCAAACGUGCUGAAGAGGAAGUUGGACUUAAGCAAGCCUUAUUGGCUCAAAGUCAACAAGAUAAUAUCCAGCAAAGGGAGGCUCUGCAGCAACGGAUUUUAAGCGGUGAAGAAGAGGCUCGGCGACUUACCUCUGAAAUAGAAGCCAAAAACGAGCAGCUUGUCGUGCUGCAGAAUGACGCCUCCAAGCGGUCUGCAGACCUACUGGAGCAGAUCAGACACCUCGAAACUGAACUCGAAUCUCUCACUCUUUCUUUGGCAAAGGCUGGGGAACGUGUUCGAUCUCUGCAGGAGCUUCUUGAGAAGCAGGAGCAGGAAAGUGUUCUCCAGAAAGAGCUUCUCCAGCAGCAGCUGACCGCUUCUGAGGAGAGCGUAAGCUCCAUGAAGGAGCAGAUCUCGACCAAAGAGGAACAUAUUACUUUGUUAAAUGAGCAGUUUUCCGAGAAGUCAGCACAUCUUCAUGAAAACAUCCAAACUCUGGAGGAGAAGGUGGAGUCUCUCAGUUCAUCUUUGAAGGAUGCUGAGGAGCGUUUGCAAUCAAAGGAAAGCCUGUUUGCUAAACAGCAAUCACAGAGCACCCAGCAUAUAGACGCCUUGCAGACGCAGGUGGUUUCUUCUCAGCAAGAGGUGAACAGACUCAUCGCGGAACUACGUGCCACGGAGGAACAGCUCGGUCUCCUCAAGAAGGACAGCGCUACCUGUUCUGAACUUCUUGAACAGAAGAUCGAGGGUCUGGAUAAGCAGCUGGAAAAUAUGAACCAUUCUCUUUCCGUUGCGAUGAACCAAGUGAAGGCCAAAGAAGACUUCAUAGUCACGCAGCAGCAAGAGAACACCGUUCAGAUGGAGACGCUUACACAGCAGAACCAGGUCCUGGCGGAGGAGGCCCAACUAUUAAAAGAGGACGUCCAAACCAAAUCGGACCAGAUAGAUGUGCUGAAAGCAGAUAACACCGAGCAAUGCGAGGCGCUUAAGAAUGACAUUGACAGUCUGAAGAACCGAAUUCAAACCCUGCAAAUGACAGAAGAGCAAGCUCGGAUAAAAGAAUUGGAGAUUUCCCAAGAAAGAGACAAGUAUCAAAGCCUACUUGGAUCGUCUACAGAGGAAGUAAAUGUACUUAAGAAGUGCAUACAGUCUCAAGAAGAACAGCUCGCCACGCUGAAAGCAGAAGGUUCAUGCCAGGCUGAUGUGCUCCAGAAGGAGAUCAGUCAGCUAAAACGCCAAUUAGCCGAGGUCGCUGAUUUGCUUUCCAAAGCUGAGCAGCAGGUUCAGACUCAGCUAGCGACGAUGAUCACGCAGGAGCAGGAAAGCGUUCGCCAGAAAGAGCUCCUGCAGGGUCAGCUGUCCGCAUCAGAAGAAGAGGUGAGGAGAUUGGAUGCGGAGGUACGAAUAAAAGAAGACCGCAUUGUGCAGCUCAACGCUUCCAACACCGAGCAUUCCAAAUUGCUUUGUCAGGAGAUCCAACAUUUAAAGACACGAGUGGAGUCUCUUGAUGCCUCCACGAGGAAGGCUGAGGAGGACGUUCAGUCCAGGAAUGAUCUGCUGGCACAACAACAGAAAGAGGCAGACAGGAACCUUGAAGAACGGGUCCAAAACGAAGAGCUUCUGCGCAAGCAGAUCUCCUCGUUUGAACAAGAGAUUGUGAAACUCAAAGAAUGUCACGACGCGAAAGAGAAUCUCCUCCUCAGGGCUGAAGAGAAACUCGACAUCCUUCAGACCGAGUUGGUGGCAGUCAAAACCCAAGCAGCUGAAAAAGACCACAACCUGGAGACCUUCCGUGCUGAGGUUUCUACCCAAGCUCACUUGCUUCAAAAGGCAAACGAGGAGGCUCAUACCACCGCUAACCUGCUAGCUGCGAUUCAGGACGAGGCCUCCAAAAAAACACACAAACUCCAGCAGGAGAUAGAGCAUCUCAAAGGAGAGCUGGAAGGCAUUUCUCUCAAACUUAAAGAACGAGAGCAUCAGUUAUCUGAAAGUCAGCAGGAGUCUUCUCAACUCGUUGAGCAGCUUCAGCUUCAGCUCGUCUCAGUCAGUGCGGAUUUGAAACAACACAAAGAAGCCCAAGAUAAAACUCUGAAGCAAAGAGAAGGAGACCUGGAGCUUCAAGUUGUCCUCACAAGAGAAAAAGAAGACCUCUUGGCCAAGGUACUCCAGGCACAAAACGACCAGAGAGCCUUGGAGAAACAAGUGGAAGUGCUGGUUCUGGAGAAGGAGAGACUUCUUCAAACCAAGCAGGCCACAGAAAGGGAGAACGUGGCCUCGUAUAAGCUGGAACAAAUGCUAAAGCAAGAUCUUGAACUACAGAAACUGGAGAAAUUGACGCUCGUGAAAGAGAUGGAAAAAAACGAGGAGAAGCUGAAGGAUCUGCAGGAGCAGCUCUCUGGUAAAUCAGAAGCUGUGGAACAUUACAAGGCUCAGAUGGAAAAGGCAGCGAGUCACUACAAUGACAAGAAGCAGCUUCUCAUUGCUAGCCAAGAGGAAACAGCCGAGCUCAAGCAUUCCCUGGAAGUGAGAGAGCGUGAGCUGAAGGCCAUGGCUAUGGAAAACAAACUGCUUCAGUUGGAUUUGGAAAAGACUAAAAGCCAGGAAGAAAACAUGCGAAGCAAGCUGGCCCAUUUGGAGGCACAGGUUGCCUUUGCUGACCAAAACCUACGGGCGCAGAAUCGGAUAUCUGGCCAAGGAGGCACAUCGGAAUCCUGUUACUUGGAGGUUCCGCACGCUAAAGUGCAGCCCAAGAGAACCAUGAGCUCUGACAGUCUGGACCAAAGCUCCCUAGAAGACUCUCUGAACAAUACAAGGUCGCUUUCAGCACCUGGUGAAUCGAGCACACCUCUCGUUCGUAGUUCUGAGAGACUGGCCGCCAAACGUCAUGGUCUGCAAGCUGAAUCACUGGAAACUCUUUACUUUACUCCUAUAAAUACUAGACAUGCCAGCAGGACCAGCGCAGAGAACAAAACGGGACAGGAUUCAGUCUUCAGAAAUCCAUCAUCUUCUGUCAAAAGACGCAGGACCACACAGGUUAUAAACAUCACCCUGACAAAGAAAACUCCAGGUGGCGUUGAAGGCGAGGAGUCUUUCUACAGCCUCACUUCAGCUCGCUCACAGCCCAACCUUUCCGGGGCCCACGCUGGACGUCCGCUUCCCAUGGAGCUUUUUGACACGCCUGCUAAAAUGAGCGGGGCUGCCAGCGAUCAGCUCAUUGGUCUUCCUGGGUAUCGGCGAAGCACGCUCCAUUCACAGAAGAACGAGCCAGACGGUGCACCAAAUGACUGGAUGAGGAUCGCGGAGCUCCAGGCCAGGAACAAAGCCUGCCUUCCUCAUCUCAAGAGCAGCUACCCUGUGGAGUUUGAGCCCUGCCAGAAAAGCACAUUUAUUUUCACCGAUGAAGAGGUGCGUAAUGGAGACCCAUCAGAAACUAUUCGUCGGGCAUCCGUUAUGCCAGGCCAGCUGCUGGACUCUCUGGCUUCUCAUCGCCACUCCCUCAUGCCGGGACAGUCCAUGCCGGCGGCCAACUCCCGUUCUCACCGUUUGUCCUUGAUGGCUGGCCAGCCGCCGUCCAAGUCAAUCAAAUCCUCUCAGCUGAGAAGCCCGAAAAACACAAAGCGGUCGGCGUCGACUUUAUCUGUCCAUCAGUCGUCACCUGAGAAAAAGUUGAAGGCCAGCUGCUUCCCUCGUCCCCUCACUCCCAAAAACAAGAACAUCAACAGUGGACCCUCCAGCACUCAACUUCACCCUGCCCUCAGUCCAGCUGACCGGAGACAAUCCAUGAUGUUCACAAUCGACAACACCCCAAAGAAAAACAACAGCUAUCUGAAAAAAGGCCUUAGUAAGCUACGGAGCUCCACCCGCAAAUCACCAGGCAAAACCUCAAAGAGGCCUCCCACUGAUGUGCUGGCCAAAGAAAACAUGCCGGCUGCAGUGGGACGAGCGGGCAGGUGUGGCAGCUUCAAGUCACCCCAAGUGCUCUCUCGGGAGACCAGGAACUCCCCACAAACCGUCAGAAGGUCUGCAAAGUCUCCACGGCUCACAGAAAACGCUCGCAAGAUGAUGAUGCGGAGGAACAAGAUGUGAAGGGGGAAAAAAAAAGCAAACGCUCACUUUUAAUGCACCUUUACUUAUAUAAAAUGUAUUUUAUUUCUUCCUUUUCUAAUGGUUCUUACAGUUUUAUCUUCAAUAAAAUGUCUGAAAACGACUAGUGCUUAUUCUGCAU